AUGUAACAAUAGCCAAGUUUGUUUUUUUAGUGUCAAUCAUAUGUUGCUGAAUAGAGCAAACCUGUAAGCUUGAUUGAGUUUACAAAAGAGGAUGUGUAAAAUUAGUUACUUUAAGAAAAAUUAUCAAAUUCUCGAAAUCAAAUAUCAGAUCAUAAACCUAAAUUAAGCCUUUAAAAUGACAAGAGUAUAAAUUUGUUGUCAUAAUAUAGAUAGUUAAUCCAUACAAUUCAAAUUGGGCUAAUUUUUAGCUUAAUAAACGAUACAACAUACAAGUUAGAUGCUAAGGAAAUUAAUGGGUUAUAAAGAAAGUGAUAGAAGAUGAAC